AUGGAAGGAGAAAGGACUGAAAAUAAGACCUACAGACCUAGAGCAGCUGGAGUCAAAGCACGCAAAAAGAAAGCCAAGAAGGGAGGGGAAAAGGAUGAGGAUUUGACACCACGGCAAAGAAAUCCUAAAGCUUUUGCAAUUCAAUCUAUAAGAAAAACAGAGAAGACAGUCAGAAGGACUUUAGAUUUAAAAGUGAAGAAACAGCACAUACCAUUUGUUGAUAGAACGCCUGUUGAACCUCCGCCUAUAAUAGUUGCUAUAGUUGGACCCCCUAAAGUAGGAAAGACAACUCUUUUGAAAUGUUUGGUAAAAAAUUAUACUAGACAGAAACUCUCUAAUGUGAAUGGACCUAUAACAGUUGUAGCAGGUAAACAAAGAAGAAUAACAUUUCUAGAAUGUUCCAAUGAUAUAAAUUGUAUGAUAGAUAUUGGAAAGAUAGCUGAUCUUGUUUUGUUAAUGGUGGAUGCGAGUUUUGGAUUUGAAAUGGAGCAGUUUGAGUUUUUAAAUAUUUGUCAAGUUCAUGGUUUCCCCAGAAUUAUGGGUGUUUUAACGCAUUUAGAUACAUUUCAAGAAAAUAAAAGAAUGAGAAAGACAAAGAAAAUGUUGAAGAAUCGAUUCUGGACUGAAAUAUAUCAGGGUGCCAAGUUAUUUUAUCUAUCAGGAAUGGUGUAUGAAGAGUAUCAGAGAACUGAAAUACAUAAUUUAUGCCGCUUUAUAUCUGUGAUGAAAUUUCGACCAUUACAGUGGAGAAUGAAUCAUCCUUACAUACUUGCUGACAGAAUGGAAGAUAUAACUAAUGGUGAAUCAAUACGUCAGAAUGGUAAAUGUGAUAGAAAAGUCUGUCUUUAUGGUUAUAUUAGAGGUACACAUUUAAAAAACAAACAGACCAUACAUAUACCAGGUUGUGGUGAUUUUGAUAUCAAUGAUAUACAGUUAAUACCUGAUCCCUGUCCAACACCAGAUAAGAUUAAAAAACGCUCUUUAAAUGAGAAGGAGAGAAUGGUGUAUGCUCCAAUGGCUGGUGUUGGUGGAAUUGUGUAUGAUAAAGAUGCUGUUUACAUUGAUAUUGGUGGACGCCAUUCAUAUAAUCUUACUGAGGAUAGUAGACCCAGUAAUGAGUUAGUAGGUAAUUUAAUGGAGACCAGUAAUCCUAUAGAUGAGAAGAUGUCUAGCAGUAAAAUGACAUUAUUUACUGGAACUGAACCAAUUACUGCUAGCAAGGCUGAUGAUUUAAUGUUAGCAGAAGAUGAUGAUGAGGAUGAUGAUGAUGAAGAAGACAGUAAUGAAGAUGAUGAUGAAGUUGAAAAUGAAGAAGAAGAAGAUGAAGCUCCGCCAUUAAAGAAGAACAAGCUUGGGAAAUGUACUGAUGAAAGUGAAGAGUUUGCAUUUGCAGACAGUGAUGAUGAUUUAGAGAAAGAAGUUGUCAAGAAAUCAUUAAAACAAUCCAGAAAGAUUGAGCAUGAUCAUGAUAGUGACGAUGACAGUGAGGACGGUUCUAAUUUUGACCAAUCAGAAGGAGAAUCUGAUCAAGACAUCCAAUCAAAUGAAGCAGAAGUUGAUGAUGUUAAAGACGAUGAUGAAGGUGGUGGAAUGGGUUUACAAUGGAAAAAUGACAUGGUAGAGAAAGCUGCAGCGUCUUUUAAAGCUAGACAAAAAGGAAAAAUAGAUUACAGAAAAAUUGUGUAUGGUACAGAUAUUAAGGAAGAAGAAUAUAAAGAAGAAAAAGAAGAUGAAUUAGGAGGAUUAUUUAAAGUUUUGAAACAGAAAAAUAUUGACAAUAAAAAUGAUAGAUAUUCAAUCAAUAAAACAGACUGUUCUAAAUUCUUCCCUGAAAAUCCACAAGAUUGGAGUUUAGAUGAAGUUAUAGCUAGUAUUAAAGACUGUUUUAUAACUGGACAGUGGUCAAAAGAUAAAGAUGCUAAAGCCAGAUUAGAUUUAGAUGAUGAGUUGUAUGGAGAUUUUGAAGAUCUAGAAACUGGAGAGAAGUUUACUGCUGAAGGAGAAGAAGAGGAGGAGCAAGAAGAAGAACAAGAGGAUGGUGACAAUGACAGUGGAGAUAAUAAUGAUGAUAAAGACUCCACUAAACCAGAUAAUGAAAAAAAGAAGACUAAAGCAGAAAUGACAGCCAAUGAAAGAAGACAGAUUCGUAAAGAACGACAGAAAGAGGCAUUUGAUGAACAGUAUGAUUUAAAAGAUGAGUCAGCAUUUUAUGAUGAGUGGAAGGCAGAUUUAGAAAAACAGGCAAAGUUAAAUCGGGCAGAGUUUGAUUCAAUGCCUGAUGAAUUGAGAAUACAAUAUGAAGGACAUAGACCAGGAAUGUAUGUAAGAGUGGAGAUCAAUGAUAUGCCAUGUGAAUUUGUGACAAACUUUGAUCCUAUAUAUCCAGUCAUAUUAGGUGGUUUACAGAAUGUAGAAGGAAAUGUGGGAUUUGUUCAGGCUCGUUUUAAGAAACACAGAUGGUAUAAAAAGAUAUUGAAAACACGUAAUCCAGUCAUUAUCUCACUAGGAUGGAGGAGAUUCCAGACAAUGCCAUUAUAUUCUGUACAGGAUCAUAACUUCAGACAGCGAUUACUCAAAUAUACUCCUGAACAUCUACAUUGUCAUGCUGCUUUCUAUGGUCCUAUAACACCACAAGGGACAGGGUUAUUAGCUGUAGAAAGUGUUGCUGGUAGAGAGCCUGGGUUUAGGAUAGCUGCAACUGGAGUUGUAUUAGAACUAGAUAAAUCUUUACAAAUAGUAAAAAAACUCAAAUUGACUGGUGUUCCAUGUAAGAUUUAUAAAAAGACAGCUUUUAUCAAGGGAAUGUUUAGUUCAGCAUUAGAAGUGGCUAAAUUUGAAGGUGCUAGUUUACGUACAGUCAGUGGGUUGAGAGGACAGAUUAAGAAAGCCUUACGUACGCCUGAAGGUGCUUUUAGAGCAACAUUUGAAGAUAAAAUACUGAAAAGUGAUAUAAUAUUUGUAAGAACAUGGUGUCCAGUGGAGGUACCUGAGUUUUAUAAUCCUGUAACAUCGCUGUUAUUACCACCAAAUCAACGUAAAUCAUGGGUAGGAAUGAGAACCUUGGCUCAGCUCAGACGAGAUAAAGGUGUAAGAUUACAACAGAAUCCAGAUUCAUUGUACAAGCCUGUUGUACGUAAAAACAAGAUAUUUAAACCAUUAGUAAUACCACGAGGUUUAAAAGCUCAGUUACCUUUUAAAGCAGUACCUAGUGAAUUAUUGAAGAAGAAAGAAAGUGGUAUGAAGAGAAUAGCUGUUAUAAAGGAUAAGAGAGAGAAAAAGAUUGAUAAUAUGAUGUCUAUGAUGCAAUCCUUGUACUCUCAUAAAUUACAACAGAAAAAACUGACUUUAAAACAAGCAGCAGAGAAACGUAAAAAACAGAUAAAGAAAGAUGACAAGAAACGUGAACAGAGACAGAAAGAAUUGAAAAAGGAAAUAUUUAAACAUAUUGGACGCAAUGAAAAGAAAAAAUUCUAA